AUGAUGAUUACCAACAUUUAUGUCAUCACAGCUAUUGCUGUGAUCGGAGGCUCGCUUUUUGGGUUUGAUCUGUCCUCAAUGUCUGCCAUCCUUCCCACCCAACAAUAUAGAUGCUAUUUCAAUCAAGGGCCAAACGGUCCCCCUUUCAAUGAUGCAGUCCACUGUUCAGGCCCGGGCUCUACAUUGCAAGGUGGUAUCACGGCGUCUAUGUCUGGAGGCUCUCUCAUUGGGGCAUUGAUCUCAGGCGUCGUGACUGAUAAAUUCGGACGAAAAUCUGCUAUUCAGAUAGGAUCUAUCAUAUGGAUUAUUGGAAGCACGAUCUGCUCCGCUUCCCAGAACGUCGCUAUGUUAAUCGUGGGUCGAUUUAUCAACGGCCUGUGUGUCGGAAUAUGCUCUGCGCAAGUUCCCGUUUAUGUUGGAGAGCUUGCGCCUCCUCAUCUUAGAGGCUUGGUAAUGGGUGCUCAGCAAUGGGCCAUCACAUGGGGUGUUUUGAUCAUGUUCUAUGUAUCAUAUGGCUCUUCCUUCCUCGCAGGCUCUGUCGCCUUUCGGCUGCCUUGGGGUCUACAGAUGAUUCCCGCAAUAUUCCUCUUCUUUGGGUUGUUGUUUACCCCCGAGUCUCCGCGAUGGUUGGCAAAGAAAGAUCGCUGGGACGAAUGCUGCCACAUUCUUUCUUCGAUCCAUUCCAACAACAACCUCGAUGAUGAGUUUAUCCAGAUGGAGAUCCAGCAGCUGAAAGAUGCCUGUGAGUUGGAGCGCGACAAGACCGAUAACACUUAUUUUGAUCUUUUCCGGCCGCAUAUGAUUUGGCGAACCCAUAUCGUCGUCUUCAUCCAGGUAUGGUGUCAGCUAACUGGUAUUAACGCCAUUCUGUAUUAUAUCACAUACAUCUUCGGAAUGGCAGGCCUCAGUGGCAGUUCCAACCUGGUGGCUUCAUCUAUCGCCUCUGUGAUCAACGUGGUGAUGACCAUACCCGCGCUGCUAUUCAUGGAUCGGAUCGGGCGUCGUCCAUUACUCAUUGGAGGAAGCAUUUCUCUUGUUAUCUGGUGGACCAUAUGUGCAGGUCUAAUGGGGGGAUAUGGUGCCCCAGCUCCCCCAGGGGGAUUGGACCAUAUUCCCGAACAGAGUUGGUUGAUUACAGGAGCUCCCGCAAAACUUGUGAUUGCUUGCUCCUAUCUCAUUGUGGCUUCUUUUGCCCCGACAUGGGGCCCUAUUGAGUGGGUGUAUCCAUCGGAACUAUUUCCCCUUCGUCUGCGAGGCAAAGCGGCUGCAUUAUCUACAGCCAGCAAUUGGGCGUUCAAUUUUGCUUUGAGCUAUUUCAUCCCGCCCGCUUUCGUCAACAUAACUUGGAAGACCUAUGUCAUCUUUGCCGUGUUCGCCUUCACCAUGACUCUUCAUGUCUUUUUCGUUUUCCCUGAGACAUCAGGAAGAACAUUGGAAGAAGUUGAAGAUGCAUUCAAGGGCGUCAAGCUAGCCUGGAGAAUGGGAGAAGGCAAAAAUGAGGAUGAAGAAGGAAGGUUCAACCACGAGUCUGGACAAAAGGAACAAGGAGAAGUUAUCCAUCUAGAGGAUUCCCUGAUUUCCAUCUAG